AUCUUCGUACGUGGCAAGUUAACUUGUAAACAGUAAUUUGCACCGACUGAUCACUAGCUAACACGAUGGUCGCCAGCAGCAUCACCGAGGAGUUGGCGAUGGCCGCGCCGGCCGAGCUGGUGUGGAAGGCGAUCUUCGCGACCUGCGACGAGUCCUCCCUGCGCAACCUGCUGGCCGGCGUGGUCGACGGCGUCGUGAAGGUCGAGAGCGACGGCGGGCCCGGGAGCCGCUACACCCUGAAGUUCGCCCCAGCCGUCGGCGCAGCGCCGGUGCUCCUCAAGUGCCGGAUGGCGGCGCGCGACAACGCGGCGCGCGUGAUUAGCUUCGACGAGGUGGCGAUGGAGGGCGGCGAGGUGGCGGCGGCACAGUUCAAGUCGCAGGUCCAGUUCAAGGUGGAGCCCGCCGGCGCGGACGGCUGCGUGAUCAAGAUCGCCGUGGAGUCCGAGCGCCUCGACGGCACACCGCGGUCGCUGGCAGAUGACCAGGCGAAGCUGACCAAACUCUGCGUCGACCUCAUCAAGAAGGUGGAGCAGAACAUCGUCCCGCGCCCCCAGUACAUAUAAAUAUAUAAUAACCAAAGGAGGUGAGAUCCUUUGUUGUGUUUCCUCGAUUGUGUUUGUGAGGAGAAUAUAGUGUCUUAAGUUCACGACCAGAAAAUAAACGAGACCAAUGUAGAA